AUGACGACCCUCGAAGUCUCCAACCUCGGCCGAUACGGCUUCAUGGGCGGCCGCGGCGGUGCGUCCCUGCACGGGCAGAUGGGCCACCACCACCACGGAUCGCCGCCGGAGGACGGUGGGGCUCACGCCACUCGGCACGCGCACGGCGGGUGCGGUGGGUGCGGCUCCGGCUUCCUAAUGAGCCUCCUCGGGCUGGACCGGUUCACGAAGGGCAAGGCCGCAGACGGGCUCGCGCGUGCAGCCAAGGCGCCGAACCCGUUCGACCUCGGCCUCGUCGGGAACUGCAAGGACUUCUGGACGGGAGGCAAGGAGCUGGGCGUCGAGUACGAGCGGCUGUACGACGUCCCGCCCGAGGGCUUCCGCGAGGCGAAGCGGCGGCGGCUGGAGGAGGGCGAGGACCUGCACGCGGACGCGGGGCGCAAGAGCCUCCGGCAGUCGCUGCUCAUGGGCCUCGGGUUCGGGGGUCGGGGCCGGGGCGGGUACGAGCCGCUGAGCCAGGUAUGA